AAAAAAUAAAACAAGUAAAAGAAGCUGCCGUGGUUCCGUGAAUCCAGUCCGUACCGACGCUACCAAGAGGAAACACUCGAGUGGUGGCCACGUGUUUGGAGGAGAUGGACCGGGGUCAGAACCAGAACCAGGACCGGGGUCAGAACCAGAACCAGGAGUCCAGCAGGACCAAAGCGGACUCUUCCUCCGCUGGUCUGCAGAAACAUAAAGUCAAAGAGAGAACCACAAGUUACUGCUGUGAUAGGAGGGAUAAAGUCCUCACCACUUCACCAGGUCUGAAGGUCCGAAAGAGGAUUCACACUGAAGAGAAGCUGUACAGCUGUGAACAGUGUGGGAAAGCUUUUACCACAUCAACUAUUUUAAAGAUUCAUCAGCGUAUCCACACUGGAGAAAAGCCGUACAAAUGUGAUCAGUGUGGGGCAGCUUUUACCCAACAAGGUGAUCUAAGGAGUCAUCAGCGUAUUCACACUGGAGAAAAGCCGUACAAAUGUGAUCAGUGUGGGGCAGCUUUUACCCAACAAUAUUGUCUAAAGAAUCAUCAGCGUAUUCACACUGGAGAGAAGCCUUACAGCUGUGAUCAGUGUGGGGCAGCUUUUACCAAACAAGAUAAUCUAAGGAAUCAUCAGCGUAUUCACACUGGGGAUAAACCUUACAGAUGUGAUCAGUGUGGGGCAGCUUUUACCCGACAAUAUAGUCUAAGGGGUCAUCAGCGUAUUCACACUGGAUUUAAGCCCUACAGAUGUGAUCAGUGUGAGGCAGCUUUUACCCUACUAGGUAAUCUAAGGCGUCAUCAGCGUAUUCACACUGGAUAAAAAAUUGUCUGUUAUCAGUGUGGGGCAACUUUUACUCAGAGAGCUCAGUUAAAGGUACCAAUUUAGACAUGAAAUCCAGAGUUUUGUUUUCAGUUUCAACUGAAAAAUGUUUUUAUCUUACCGUAUUUUCACGACCAUAAGGCGCAUAUUCUUCUUUUAUAGCCUUUUUUUUUUUUUUUUUCCAAAAUGUGUGGCGCGCCCAAUGUGUGUCGUUAUUGUAAGGCGGACGUAGUUGAGGCCACCAUGAGAACAGUAAAGGGAGAAGUAUGGGCGCGUGAUUUGCGGAUGUACCUGAAGCCACCAUGAGAACGACCAGGUGAUUUCAUGAAUCACCAUCGCUGUUGAUCUGUGACUCUAUGUUACAUGCCCAUCUCACAGCCGAUGUGGAAAAAGAAGUGAAACAAAUGAACGCUGCGCUUGCUGUUAUUCUGGGAGGUGUCAGGACUCAGCCCGUCGGGCUUCAUCCGCAGCCUGAUCGCGCUGAGACCAGGAUAACUGUUAGAGAGUAUGGUUACUGUUAUAUAUAUAUAUUUUUUAAUAAAUAACAGUAACCAUACUCUCUAGCGUAGCCAGGACACACGAGCUGUUGGCAGUCCCUCUUUUUAACUCCCAUAAACAAAUUAAUUAAUGCGCAGCAGCUGAGUGUUCAGAGCGUCAGAGCGUGCCCAGCUCGUGCCCGUCGCCGAGCGCGCAGCUCUGAGCUGUUCUCCUGGUCUCAACGCGAUCGGGCUGCGGAUGAAGCCCGGCGGGCUGAGUCCUGACAGGAGGUCUGACAAGGGAACUCCAACCGCUGGACGUUGGUGUGAAGCGGCCGUUCAAAGUGAGGCUGCGAGCGGCAUGGGAGCGAUGGAUCAGCGAUGGAAACCAGUUUCACAAAGAGUGGAAGGCAGCGCCGGGCAAGUUACGCCACAGUCUGCGGAUGGAUUGUAGAUGCGUGGGCUAACGUGUUUGCUGGGACUGUUGUUCGAGCUUUCGCAAAAGCCGGCAUCAUUUCCGAGGGGCCGCACGGCACGGAAAGUGACUCUGACAGAGAGGAAAGUGGAACUGGCAUAUUUGAUUUAGCGCAGCUGUUUCAUUCAGAAACGGAGGAUGAGGACUUCGAUGGGUUUGAUUAAUGCAAUAAUGAUUGUAAUAAAGACUUAAAUAA